AUGACACAGAUCGACGAGUCCACGUCUCUCUCCAUCCAGCUCAGGGUCCACAAGGAAGCCGUCAAGUAUCCGGCCAAGACCCAUGCCCACAAGGUCAAGAGGGAGCUUGCUGCCUCCGACUCGUCCUCCUCGACAGGCUUGAUCUACCUGCCCGGCCAGAACUCAGAGCAGUAUGAGGAUACAGAUGGCGAGAAACCCUUCAGGCAGCGCAGAUACACAUUCUAUCUCUCGGGCGCAGACUUUCCCGGGUGCGCUGUCACAUACGAUAUAGCAAAGGACAUACUCACGCUCUGGAUCCCAAUCAGGAAGCCCGAGGAGAUCAUUUGGUUCGGCGCUCUGCCAAGCGUAGAAGAGUGCGCCGCCCGAUAUGAUGUCGACUUUGUCAAAGACAUCACCGACCUGAAGCCGUACCUCAAAAGGACCUUGGCCCCAGACACGACUCUCUAUGUUCUGCACGAAAGCCAAACACCGCCCAGACCAUACGGUCCGACAUCGGGCUUUACGGUCGACCACUCCGCUUUGCAGCCAGCCAUGGACCUUUCCAGGGCCGUCAAGUCUGAGUAUGAGAUUAGCCAGAUCCGCGAGGCCAACGCGAUAUCCUCAGAAGCACACCGUCACGUCCAGAAACAUAUCAAAUCAUUGACCAGCGAGGCCCAAGUUGAAAACUUGUUCCUCGCCAAAUGCCGCGACCUCGGAGCCAAGAGACAGGCCUACCCCGUUAUCGCCGGAUCCGGUCCCAACGCGGCCACGCUGCAUUAUGGCGCCAACAACCAGGACUUCGGCGACAGGCAGCUCAUGGUCCUCGACGCUGGGGCCGAGUGGGGAUGCUACGCCUCCGACGUCACCCGGACCUUCCCGCUCAACGGCGCGUUCAGCCCCGAGGCGAAGAAUGUGUACGCUAUCGUGGAGGAGAUGCAGGAGACCUGCACCUCGAUGAUCAAGCCAGGGGCGUCGUGGUCGGACAUCACGGCCAAGGCCCAGCUGGUCGCGUUGGAUGGACUGGAAAGGCUGGGCAUCUUACGCUUCGGCCUUGCGGGUGGGGAGCCUUAUCCUAUCCUUAGGGCUGUCAGGGCUUUCUUUAUGCAUGGGCUUGGACAUCUUGUCGGGCUGGACACCCACGAUGUAAUUGGCGGCGUCCACAUCCACAGCAUGCUGGGCGGCAAAGCCUGGAGUUUAGACAGACUCGACUCCCACGCUGAAACUCUCACCAAGGGAGGGUAUUCUGUGGGAGCCAGUCAAGGCGGAGGUGAUCCUUACUCACCGCCGUUACAGAAGGAUAUGGUUAUUACCUGCGAGCCGGGUCUUUAUUUCAACCGGGCAUACAUUGAGUGGUUCUUUGCUAACAACCCUAAACUGGCCUCGUACGUCGACAUGGAUGUAUUGGAACAAUACUAUCCGGUCUGUGGGUGCCGGAUCGAGGACUGUAUCUUGGUGACAGAAGACGGGUAUGAGAACCUGACCACGGCGCCGAAAGGAAAGGAGAUGCUGCGUGUGAUCAAUGGCAACUAG